AUGUCUUCCACCGAGAACUCAACCUCUGCCCCGCCCAACACGGCGAUUGUCCUCGUCGACCCUUACAAUGACUUCCUUCAUCCGGACGGCAAGUUCUACAGCCGCGUCAGCGAAUCACUCACGGCAACAGACACCGUAACCCACAUGAAGGAACUCGUGAGCGCCGCGCGCAAGGCGCAUCUCCCCAUCUACUACGCCUUGCACAAGACGUGGAAGGAGGGAAACUACCAAGGAUGGCGACACAUGAACACUUCGACGACGCGGAUCGACAACAUGAGAGCUUUUGAAGAGGGCAGCUGGGGAGCCGAGAUUCAUGAAGGCCUCGAGCCGGAUGUUCUGGGGAACGGCGAUGUUGUAGUCAGCAAGCACUGGAACAGCAGUGGAUUCGCCAAUACCGACCUGGAUUACCAGCUCCGCCAGCGUGAGAUCACCCACCUGGUGAUUGCUGGGAUGGUCGCCAACACUUGCAUGGAGUCCACGGCAAGAUAUGCGAGAGAAUUGUAG